CCAAGGGUCAGUCGUAAAGUCUGAAAGCAGCUCGAGGAUCGCAGUGAGGUCAGACUGGUUGGUUUGUGUCUUGUGGUUGUUAUCAGGGUUAAGAAGGGGGCAAAGGUGAUGGUUGAAGUGUGGCCCAGAGGGAUCUCUUCAGCUGUGUAUGUGGGGUAGUUUUCUGCAUGGUUGAGUAGGCUCCGAUAUGCACUGAUGCUGAAAGGUUACCACCAAAGAUAUAUUUAUUAAGUAGAAGAAAAGCUUCAGUAUGCCAACCAGUAGUUAUAUAAUUGUUAGUCAAUUUAACCAAUGUAACGAAUCCUUGAACUUCUGAGAGCUUCAUGCUGUCCGUUUUUGAAGGAGCUCUGUGCAGAGUUUAUUGAUUUUUCAACUUUUACCCUUUUUAGAAAGCCGAGAGCAGUCAUGCCCUCUGCAGUGUGGGUGUUCUUGUAUAACAGGCAGAUGUUUAAAAGCAAGCAUUAUGCACCACAGUGGGUUUUUUUAAUGUCAGAAGCAGCUGUAAUCAUAACCUACAGUCAGUAUUAUCCUAGGAGAGUGAUGAUGAUCAUUCAGAGGUAGAUGGAAAAUGGUAAAAUGCUGUCAGGUUGAAUAAUAAUUGACGACUGUUCAAUGUUUUUGAAACAAUUAUAUAAAUAACCUCUGACCAGGAUUGUGGCUAAAGCGUUAUGGAUAAUGAUGCUUCAUUUAUCAGCACUCAGCACUUAUGUCACUCUGUGUAUCAUGAAGUAAAUGGCUUUUUGUGUUUAAAAGAGUACCUCACCAAUUGGGCAUCAACUGCUCCCCCCCACACUGAAACACGCACACCGGUUGCAAAAUGGCCGAUUAAACUAAAUUUAAGCCAAUUUCUCAACACACAAAUAUGCUCAACGCAACUGAACUAACAUUAACACUAGUAUAUUUAAGCUCUAUACAAGCUCGAAAUGCUCUGCUGCAGCUUCAAUGAUGACGAGUGGACAGUGAGGAUAUUCCCACUUAUUGCAUCAUUUGGUGUGUAAAGUAUGUUAACACCUCCAGUGACCCACUUCUGACUGAGAUACACCGAUGGCAAUGUGACGUUCCCUUUGAACAACACAGCCGGGAGGUACUCAUCCAGCUGACUCUCUGCAACCCAACCAUCCAAUCACAGCGCACAGAUCCAUGCAGAAGCUGGCCGGCAGGCAUCACUGUGUUUAUUCAAAGACCCAGCUGAAGGUUGCAGAAUAUGGAUCAUUUAUAUUUUUCUGUUCUAAUUAGCUCAUUGGGUUAGUGAUGGAAAUCAUGCUGUGUUGAAUAUUCAAGUUUCAUUCUCAUUUGUGCUGAAUGCAAAUGUGUUACCACUGGCCUAUUUCCCUUGUAAAUCAUUAGUUUUGUCAUUAGCAGUGGGUUUGGAAAUCUUUGAGGUUUUUUUACCAACAAAAAUAGAAUUCAGUGUUGAAUGAACUCCGCUUGAAGAGUGGGAUGUGUGGUUUAGCAACAGUCUUGUGUGAUGUUGUUCCCAACCUGGGGGUCUGAACCGGGAAAUACAGGCAGGAAAUUCAUAAAUGUACCAUUAUUUUUGGCUUUUCUCUAAUUGUUUAGAGUGUGUAGCCGUUAAGGAUCCACACAACAUGCAACUUAGACACAGCUCUGCUUGCUAAUAUGCUCACGAUGACAAUGCUAACAUGUUGGUUUAGCAUGUUAAUCAUGUUCACAGUCUUGUUUUAUUUAGUGCGUUAGCAUGGUAUAAAGUGCAACUGGGGCUGAAAGGAAUGCCAUUAGUUUUCCAGGUUUUUAGUUAUACCUCCAAAGUAUUGGACACAUUGAAAUGUUGACCCGACGAUGGCACUAGAAGAACAGUUAAGGGAUCAUUAAAGCGUUACAAUUAAUCCUGAUUGGAACAUGAAUAUCUGUACAAAACGUCAAGACCACCAAAGGCAUUUGUUAAAUGUUGUGUCCUAUAGAACCACACAGGUGGCUGAAAGGUAUGAGAACCACUGACAUUAUGUCAUGUGAUACAGUUUUUGAAGAAGUGGGCAACAUAGAAAUUGCUGUAAAAUGCAUGAAAUAAAAUAGAAGACAAGAGGCCAUGAAGCGAGUAACAGACCUCAGAGUUACUGUAGUAAAGAGGGACUGUAUAAGAUGUCUUUGCUGUCAUCUCUGCCCUCCCAGAGACAAUAGGUUGUAUAUGUCAUGAUUACUCUUGCUACUCUAGCUUGUUGUUAUUUUGCUGCUGCGCUGCAAACUGAAUUAUGGAGCAUUACUUUCGGCCUGGCAGCAGAGUGUAAGAGAACAGAGCUGAUACAAUCACAAGCGCACUUCCUCCCUCCCUUUUCCUGCCUCUCCAGUUCAGAUCUUAUGAGUUAGCAGAAAGACAGUUAACUUUGGUCAGUGGGAACAUUGGUCCUCAUGCUAGAGCCACUCGUACGAACAGAUUCAGUCUGAAGUGGCCUGUACAAGGGAUUUAGGAGAACUUGCUACAUUCACCAAUUUUCUUGUACUUCGAAUGUUCUUUUGGGUACAAAAACAAUUUACGAGUGUCCAGACCUGUAGCAGGAUUCAUGUGCAGUGAGUCUGCUGUUAUCCAAGCUUAAUUUUCUCAGUAAUGGAUUGUAUAUUUCAUUACCAAGAAGCAAUUUUGAGUUUGAAAACCCUUUAUAAAUUAGACUUCAUAAUUAUAUUUAGAUUAUCCUGUUUGACUCUGCAAUUUGAAUUAUAUGCCCAAAUUUAAAAUGUAUUCACAUAGCCUAACGCUAUCCUCAUUCAUUUAAAUUGGCGUGAUGCUUUUGUAUAACACUUCAAUAUCAAUAUGAACAUCUUAAACUGCAAAUGGUGCUGGUCAUUUGCAGUUAUCUACAGUUAGGAGCGUUUGCAUGAAUCUGACGUGGAUAGGAAUACGAGAAUGAGGUCCUCUGAUGAUUGCCCCCUCAAAAUCCCCUCUGCACCAACUCCCACCUGAUCUGAACAACUCCAUUCAGGUCUUACAGGAACUACAGGCAGAGCCAUUAAGUGGUGUUACAUACACGUUAACACAAACACAACUCUGCGUUCUUCCCUUCUUAUCACACUUUACCACACACAUGCACAGCACACAUUUGUCAGAAAGAAGAAAAAAAACCUGGCUACACAAAAUGAAAAAGUGCACAGCAGCGUUAUUGAGACCAAAAUAAACACAAUGGCCUCUUUAAAUCCUCCUUCCUCCUUAUGAGUUAUUCAAAGGGCCUGAUUUUGCUUUGCUCCUCUACUGAUGUGGUUGGCAGCGGAGUGCCAAACAGUGCAAGCAAAGUACACAAGAAUAGUGUGUCCCGAAGGAAAGGAAAGCCGCAGCAGUAUAGGGCUUUAAUGGCAGUGAUAAUAAAGUAUGAGAUCGAUGGUUGGAAUGGUGUUUGCUGUCUAAGGUCAGGUCAGAAAGCAUGACAAAGCUGCCCUCAGUCACAAGUGAGAAGCUCCUGGAAGUGAGAAGCUCCUGGGAAGCAUCCUGAAUUACAUUUACGCUCAAGAACCACAUUGGAAAUAACUCUUCAUGUCACAAAAAUGUCAGACUUGACUUGAAAUGUGUAGUAUACGUAGCGACUUGGCAUUUGUAUGCGUGUUUAACUGAACUAAAUCCCUGUCAUUUAAUACAGUUGUGACUUAGUGAAGAGUUUAUCUGCUGUGAUGCAGGAAUGUUCAGUAUUGUUCCUGGUUCUUGUGCAAUAGGAUGCGUCUCCACCUCCUCCACUGACUACCAAUUACGUGGCAAAACCACUAAUUGCUGGGCUUAACAGCUAUUGUUUGUUUGUUUUUUUUAAGUCUGGUUUCUGGCACAAUGACAUGUCAAUCACCCAGACUUAAUGAGAGUUUUCCAUUCAGCCAAUGUCUCGCCACAGAUUUUGAGAAAAACGAACUCCCAUGAUAGUUUAGAUAAUCAAUUAAAUAAAUCCUAAGGGGAGGGGGGCGUGCAUGUAACCUGAGAGGGGUUAAAGCUUUGAUGUAGUGUUUUCACCCGAACUCUUUAAGCCUUUGCUCAGACUUUGCCAAUGGGCUUCUCUUUAAUGUUCUCUUCUGAACAUCACCUGAGAUUUAAAGAGGGAACAAAUAAAGCAGUAAAGGCAUGACGCAACAUGCAGGUCUGUUUUAAAGGAGGAAUGUCUAAAACAGCAAAUUUCUCAUUUUCUCAGAAGGUUUCAGGAGCUUUUCUUGGAACAGGUGAUAGGACAGCAUUCCUCUGGUAAUCCAAGAAAAAGAGACAAUACAAAGAAAAGGUGUCUAUAGGCUUAAAUUGAGCCACACACAUUAACCCAAUAAUUCACUAAGACUGGGUCGGGACCCACAGGUGAGUCGCAGGAGAUUCUAUUUGGGUCACCAAAUAAAUUAGCAGAGUUUCUUCCAUAGUCUUUUAUUUAACAUAUUUCUGCAGUACACUUUCAGACACAUGAGCCUGAAUGUUCGUAUUGUUCUGAUAAUUGUGCACAUAAAACGAAGUUGUGAUUUUUCAAAAGUAUAUCUCUUCAAAUAGCUGGUUUGUAAUUUGUAAAAAUGUUCUUUCUUGUAAAUUUGGAGAUACUUGUGGAGCUAUUUCUAAUGUACUACUCGUACCACACACUGCUUGGUAUUUAAACUGCUUUUGAUUGUGUAUUAAAGCCAGAGGUUUGUACAUUACAGCCACAUAAUCACAUCUGUAUUACGUUUUAAGGAGGCAUGAGCAUAUUAAAACUGUAUCCCAACUUCAAAUAUGCUCGUUGAGGAGAUCUCAUUACGUUAUCAUGCUGAUGACAUGAAAUCAAUCUCACUUCUACAGUGCAGGCUUUCUACUCUUGCCCAGAGGGUGAAACAGAGGACACACCCCCACCACACACACUCACACAAGACAUUAGCAUGAUAUACAGAGCCCAUGGAGACGGCUCCAAGACUAGAAGCCAGGUCAGAUUUCACAAAUCCAUUUUUCCCUGUGUCUUGUCUGUACUUGCCUUGUGAGGCAAACCACAGGAAACUGUAUCCUCCUCCGAGCCCACAUGGUGCCCACCGAGGCUCAGGAUCACAGUGAGCCGAGAGGAGGGAGGAGAUUUAUCUGAGAGCCAUCUGAUCUGACAGUUUAAUAUUUAUGUAGAGAUACAAGAAAGCAAUGAACAAGCUGUUACUACAGUUAUGAGAGGCAUCCGACCUGCAUUUCUCACUGUUUUUGGUUGCAUCAUGAACAUAUUUGAUAAUGCUGUUUGUUAAUGUAAACCAGGAAGAUUUUUAAAUCAUAUUUCACCAAAAAUACACAACAAACUUCAAAUAACAUGCUAUCCCAUCAAUAUUGGACAAAAUGACCAAAUCAUGCAGUUUAGGUUAGAUCAUCUGAUCAUCUUUUAACUCUAAAACACACACACACACACACACAUAUUUCUAUUUUUUGGCAGUUAGUCAAAUCACUAGUUUGAAACCAGCUGGUAGUUGCUAAGAACUUAUAAGAACAUUGUUUAGUGUUGGAUUUACACAUAGCUGGUGCAACUCAGUCCAGACUAGAAUCAAUACCAAAAAAAGUAGUGAAGCAGUGGCAACAAUAUCAACGAGGAUAUUAACAUCCAGCAUGUCGCUUAACUGUACUGUAUGGGGAGGUAGAGUUAUAUUAUGUCAUUAGAAUAUAGAGCUAUUCCCUAGUAAUGAAAAAUGAUUUGGUAAAGUGACAGAGUGACUUGCUUGACUUUAGCGAGUUUAGUUUCGCUUUUUUGUUUGAUCUUUACUCUCCUUAAUACUUUUUGGAUUUAGCAAUACAAUACUUUUCUGUCCAAGCAUGUCGUUUUUCAGGUGCAAACCCUUAUAUUUCUGAACACGACCCUUCUUUUAUCAUGCGAGGACUAUAUUGGCUACAGUUCAAAUGCCAUGAUCAUAGCAACCUUAAUGCACUCUCCAGGCAGCAGAACCUCCAGGUUUCAGUCCUGGAGGUUCACAGUCCGACAAGCAAAUAAUUAAAUCAAUGUUCAUUGCUGUCUGUGAAGCAUUUUGUCAAAUUUUGCAAGCGAUAAUUUGAUUUGGUGUAAGUGCAUAUCUGAUCUGCAGAAGGACAGGGGAGGCUGCGUUAGAGCCAAAAGGGGUCACUGCUGGGGGUUGGAGAAUGAUCUAAAACUGACUUGAUCUACUACUUACCCUUCUAGAAAACACACACGCACACACACAUUAACUGACCCGCUCCGCUGCAGCCUUUGCACACACACAAUCAUCAUCUCUCCACCCACACAUACACUUCCACUGUCUGGCCAUAGAUGUCAUCUCUGUCCAAUACAACACACUGAAGAACACGACAGUACUGUAGUGUGUGCGUCAGUGGUCGCGCCGUGUUGGUAAUAGCUCUGACCUGAGGGGACCUACUGUAGCUGGAAUAUUACCACUCCGCAUCACCCUCUUCCUGCUUCUGACAGUUGGCUCCACUGACCUACUUUUGCCAAGAGACUCAAAUUAUUUUUAUUUUCUGCAGUUUUCACUGACAGGCGAGAGAAAGAAUAAAGAGGAAGGCUAAAAGAGUGGAAAACACUCUUUGCAUUUUGGGACUGAGGGUGAAUUUUAAUGGUGCAACAUUCAUUAAGCCAGAUGAUGAAAGAGUAGAAAUCUUUCUUUCUUUGUCUCAGCCAUAAGUGUAACCUUGUCUCAGUUUCUUGGUCACAGAUGUUUACAUGUGGCUUAAAUCUAAGAUGGCAUUUUCACUGUACUGCUAACCUUUCCUUUUGCAGUUCCCAUGUGGUUACUAUGACAAUCUGUGCUGUGGGCAGCACUGGGCGUGCAGGGUUUACACUUAGUGGUUUGGAACCUUUCUCACAAUGAGGUAAUCCUGUUAAAAACAUGAAAUGUAACAGACCACCCAUGGCUCUUCACAGAGGGGUAACCUGGUGGGAGAGGGGAGAUCAAGUGUUGCUCCUUAUUGGGCAGCAGGUCACAGGUGUAUUGCUAUUUUUUGUAAAUGAUAAAAUGACCUAAUUGAUGGUUGCUUGUGUAAGACUUGUGCUCUGUGCCAGAGUAACUUUUGUUUGACACACACCUAACAGUAAGAUGUUUAUAUAAAACAGGGUUAGACACAUGCAGUGUAAGGCGCAACUUUAGUAUCAAUUUAUUGUUGUGUUGCUGACCACUUGAUGAAGUAAUGUCAUGAUGAUGAAGUCCAAUAGUCAGGCUCCUUUUAUCUCUGUUUUGGUCCCCACCAACUCCUGAGAAUAUUAUCUUGCUCUUUCUUCAACUGCUAGUUACUAACUUUGUCUGUCGUGUCUGCUGUAGCAAUGUAUUUAUCAAAGCUUUAAUUGCUGCAGUCGGUUGCUGUCUGAAAACGGGGCUGAUCAGAGAAGUCUGCACGCCUGAAAAACAGAAAAAGAGUUUAAGGAUGCUAAUAAGCUCAGUGGAGCUAAUGUGGGACUGCAGAGUUGUUGGAUUAUUCUCUAUGGGUUUUUCACUGUAAGCAACCCGUUUCCCCUCUUUUACCUACAGACAUUUGAUCCAUUGCUGUUGUAAAAAAAAAGAAGUAUUUCAGCUUCAAAAUAUAUUAGUAGUCAGGGAGAAAAAACAUUAAGAAUGAAAUAAAUAUUAUUAUUGCAUCCUUUAUUGCAUGCAAUUGCUUUGUGAGGUCACUGGUGAGAUGAUAUUGUUGGCAGCCACCUGCAGUCUGGCCUAUGCUCCUCGGAGCAGAAGCUCUACCUGCAACAAGCAACUUGUCAUUACAGACCAAAGGAGCCGUGCCAUACAGCCUGUUAUUAGUUCACCACUGAAGAGACACACAGUAUGUUAUGCAACUUUGUACAGACGUAUCAAAGCUUUGGAUUUCUAAUUUAAGAAGCAAUGCAGUAGACACACCUGUGUAUUCAGAGCUGCACUCACACAUACAGUAUACUGUGUGUUUCUAUGUCUCUGCAGUAAACAGAAACCAAAGCUGAGUUCACAAUGUCAGAGUUUAGAUUCAAGUUCGGCAUUUACAACUAGCGAAGUCCAACAAUGAAUCAACCUAAACAGGACUAGUAACCGGAGAGGAGGCAGAAUUUUCCUCGGACAUUCUAGUGCCACACACGCUCAUUCUGACACACACACACACGCACACACAACGUCAGAUGUGCCUGUACAUCCCUUUGCUUUGACCUGCCUGCCCUCCGUCAUGUGGCCUCUCUGACUCAUUCUGGUUUAGUGGUUAGACGUUGUCAGGCAGAGACGAAGGAAAUGUUUAGAGAAGCAGACAAAGAACAGCAGUAAGAUAAAUAUUAUAUGUGAAGGGCAUAAAUGCUUAACUGAAUAACACAGCGAAGAAUUGGUGGUAGAGCGAGUGGGGCUGUUUUAAUGCCGCGCUACAUGUGGAGCAGGAGAUUGAUGGUGGCGACCGACAUCAGAUGUAACUGGUACGGAAGGAAAGGAACUUCUCUGCUCGGAGGUCAGUGGGGGUUGGUUUCAUUUAUACCUUCUGUGUAUGAAUGGGUUUAUGAGUGGGCACACGUAUUUGGGUACGUACUGUUUACAUAUGUACCCAAUGAUCUAUAGUUGUGGUUAAUAUAGGGAGAGAGCAUUUCGAUAAAGUCUUGAGACCAAAAUAAAUGUAUUCUAGCUUUAAAAAGUAUGUUUUAAAGGGCAAUGUGAAUUAUUUUAAUCAGUGUUUUAGAGAAAAGUUUCUGUAACAUUAAGAAUACAGAACAUCCAACACAAAUUUUUGUUAUAUAGUUGAAUAUUACGAUAUAGAUAUUUGAAUUGUGUGACUUUAAGAAUACCUUUGGACCGUACAUCUAAAGGAAAGCUGGACAAUAAAAGUUGAUAUUAAAGUUAUAAUCUUGAGUUAAUAAUAAUGCUCAGUGUUACUUUGUUGCUGACACUAUACGUGAGCCGAAGGGAAAUUUCUGCUUGCUGAGAAAAUUCUUGAGAGGAUUAGAACCGAUUAGCCCGAUGCUAAUUUACCUGUUGCUGUGAUUUUGAUUGGCAACUGCUAUAAAUAUAUGGUUAUGUAUCUGUGUGCAUGUGUGAGUGCAUGCGUGAGUGUGCACGGUCUUCCCUUUGUGUGCGUGUGUGCCUGCAGGGAGUGUGUUUGUGCACCCUGGUUCUUCAGUAAAUAUAGCCGCUAGUCAGGGGCUGUUGAUGACAGCCAAAAUUACAGGCUGAGCUGUUCAGCAGCUGAGAGUCGAGGAGGAAGAGAGAGAGGUGUGUCUGGGUGUGUGAGCAAGUGUGUGUUUGUGUUUGUGUGUGUGUGUGUGUGUGUUAGUGCUAGCUGGGGGGCUUAUGGAAACCACACAGAGUCCCUUGAAUGUGCCCAGCAUUUCAUAGUAAACUGUUCACAGAAAUGUAGGAUGUAGGCUAAGUGUGGUUUUACAUGUGUUACAGAGUAAUGUUUAACAUUACAUAUAAAGUCCCCAAAGAACAUUUAACAUUGGACCAAUCGGAGUCCCAGUUAGAGAUAAACUGGGACAGAAAAGGACUAUAUGAGCUCAGUUUGGUGGAGGUGUGUGACUGAAUUAAUUUGGCGGUGAGGUGGGAAAGCUCACUGACAGCAGAACAAGUGGAACUGCUGCAUACUUAUUUAGCUUUAAGGGACUACGAGGAAGGUGUAGGUUAAUAGACGUUUUGGGAAACACGCUUAUUUGCAUUUCUUACUGAGAGUUGGAUGAGAAGAUCAAUACCACUUUCACCUGUUUCUGGUAUAAGGCUACAGCCAGCAGCCAGUUAGCUUAGCUUAGGUUAAAGACUGGAAACAGGGGGAAUCAGCUAGCCUGGCUCUGUCCACCUACUAGCACCUCUACAGCGCACUAAUUAACACGAUAAAAAAAUGAUCUUGUUUGUUUAAUCUAUACUAAAUUGAAGUGUAAAUAUAACAUAUUGUGGUUUCACGGAUUGUUUGUUUGACUUGUGACUUCCUGAAGUCUUGCCAUCUAUAUGAGGUUGCCAGGCAACCAGAGGAGACUCGAGGGAAUGAUUAUGGCCGUCCAUGAAAUAGUCCACUCUCUGUCUUCUCAUCUAAUUCUCAGCAAGAAAUCAAAUAAGCGGGUUUUAAGGUACCAUAUUGUUAAAAAAGUGAGUAUCAUGUGCUCUGUAAAUACUGUGAAAGUGUUUAAACGCUCAAUCCAUGGAGAAAUACACACAGCCCGUGUUCAGAAACUGUGCCUUUAAACGAGUUAUAUUGUAGUUGCCGGGUCACAACUACAAUAUACGUAGAUUUUUUUACCAUUAAAGCAUAUAAACAUGUUCUAGUAGAAACCCAAAAUAAAGGUAAUCUGGAAAUGAGCGUAAUAUAUCCUGUUUUAAGUCAGCUUUCUUCCUUGAUCCAAACUAACAACCCUCUGAGGAAAGCUUUUUUCAGUAUCCUCCUUUUGGCACUUUGUCAACAAAUAAAAGUUCCCUCAAAAUUGAAACCACAAAAUUGAAACCACAAAGCUACUUUUCUUUCCAAAUCUGUACUCGCAUUAAAAAGACGGACCAGAGGUGAAAAAUCAGUGAACCUUCCCUUUAAUCAUAGCAACGAGUCAUUAUGAAAUGCCUUCCUUUACUAAUACCAAACUGAUGGAUUAAAAGGGACAAGCCAUUUUCUGCUUCCUUUGCUUCUUGGAAGGGGCGAGCUGAAUUGGAUGUGUAUGGACUCAGCGGAACAGCAUCUCCACUUAUGGAGGGCAAUUAUGCUGGCAGGAGCACCUCAAUACGAGUCACUCUACAUAAAACCAACUUGCCCCACAGAAAUGUGUUUCCCCUCGGCCCUCAAAUAGCAGCACCUGUGAGUUUCGAGCUGUUUGUAGCUCCUAAAGAUGGAGAUGUUUGUGUUUUUCAUGGUUCCCUUCCAUGUAAUUCAAUUUGUCCGGCGAAAAGCAAUUGCUGUAAACCCACUUGAGGUGAACAGAUUGGAGAGGUAAUUUUGAAAAAGCCCCUGUUGUUAAGCUGUGUAAUCACAGAUAAUCACACCAUCAUUUUCACAACCUGUCAAUACAUUCACAAGGACAAAUAAAACUUCUUUCGCGCACUGGCAAAACGCUGCAGAAAGAGGCAGGUCUCCCCGUACCUCUGCUAAAGUCUGCUUUAAUGUCCAAGUGAACAUGAAAGGUCUAAAUUUAAACCCACAAGGCUGAAAUGGUAUCAGCUCUCUCCCUCCCGAAAUGGCCCCGCUGCUGUCCAGAGUACAAGGGCAAAGAGAAAUGUUUGAGACAGUUCGUAAGGUGACAGCUGGUUAAAUCUGGUGCUCAGGCGUGGAUUCACCCUGCAGGCUGGACUGGUGCAGAGAGAGAGAGAGAGACCAGCUAAUGCCUAUAGCAAUACAACACAGACUGCAAUGUGCUGUAUGUGUGUGCAGAGCAGUAUCACGUUCUUCAUAUUUUCGACUCAAAAUAUGGGGAUUUGAGCAGUUUCUCUUUAAUUGACAGCUGUUUUAAAAGUCCUCAAAGGCCCGCACGUUUUGUUUUAGCCUUUCACACCAAUCACAGUGAUUGGCACAAGCAUUUCUUUAUACCAAUGAUGAAUAUAACAUUAAACUAAAUUAUAAAAACAACAACAAAAGAACGUGAAAUAAUGUAUGUAAAGAAAAUGUUUCAAUUAGAUACACUGCACACUGCAGACUGACAAGCUUCCAGUCUAAGAUCUUAAUUUUUCUUUCUUUUUUUAUUUUCUUGUUUCUUAUCUGUAAUACCCUAAUCUAUAUUUGCCAGUACUGCUAUGUCAAAAUGUAAACCAAUAAAGCUCCUCUGAGUUAAAGAGACAGACAGACAGACAGACAAAGAGACACACCAUACUCCAAAUUUGAUUCAUCAAUUUGACCCCCCCUCUUUCUCGGUCACACACACACGCACACGCACACGAUGGGACGUUGGUGCUCGCAACAGCCUGAUCCCGCCCUCCCUGUGACAUUCUCCGCUUCUGAUUGGCUCGCCGUUAUUCAGGCGGAGCGCUGCAAACACAAACUAGAAUGUGUGAAAGGGGGGUUCAGUGAUUGCUCGGGACGGCGGCUGCACCGACUCCAACCGGGAAACAAACGUCGACCAUCCGGGCGGCUGGUUCAUUCUUGUGGGAGAUUCUUUCUUUAAUCUCCAUCGCGAACAGCAGCGAAACGUCUGCGUUUGGAAGAAACGACGCACUUUCUCUAUUUAUUUACGCAUGGAUGGAGAGGCGCAGGUAGACGGCCAAAGACGCCACUGAGGAGCCACUCGUGAAGUUUUGCAGAGGAGUGUCGUCCCGCGUCCCAGAGAUCAUGGCGGCCGGCACCCACUCCCCCGGAGGGCCCAAUGGUAUAAUCCGGAGUCAGUCCUUCGCCGGGUUUAGCACGCUACAGGAACGACGCUCUCGGUGUAACUCUUUCAUGGGGAACUCGGCGGUGCAGAAGAAGCCUCAGUCUAAGCCAAAGAAGCCCCACCCGUCAGGGCACAAGGGAGGCAGCAGCUCCAGGGAGCCGCAGCCCAAAAGACUGGAGGAAGUUUACAACGCACUCAAACAAGGCCUGGAUGAGUAUCUUGAAGUUCAUCAAACAGAACUGGACAAACUCAUGUGUCUGAUGAAAGACAUGAAGAGAAACUCUCGUCUGGGAGUGCUCUACGAUCUUGACAAGCAAAUCAAAACCAUCGAAAGGUACAUGAGACGCCUGGAGUUUCACAUGAGCAAGGUGGACGAGCUGUAUGAGGCCUUCUGCAUCCAGAGCCGUCUGAGGGACGGUGCCAGCCGGAUGAAGCAGGCCUUCUCCUCCUCGCCCUCCACUAAAGGCACCAAGGAGAGCAUCGCAGAGGUCAACCGCCGCUAUAAGGAGUACUCUGAGAACAUGAGCACGUUUGAGAGCGAACUGGAGAACCUGCUCGGGGAGUUUCAUAUCAAAAUGAAAGGUUUGGCAGGCUUUGCGAGGCUCUGUCCUGGAGACCAGUAUGAGAUCUAUAUGCGGUACGGUCGCCAGCGCUGGAAGUUGAAGGGAAGAAUUGAAGUGAACUCCAGACAGAGUUGGGAUGGAGACGAGAUGGUCUUCAUGCCUCUCAUCACUGACCUCAUCAACAUCAAGGUGACGGAGCUGAAGGGCCUGGCCUCUCACAUGCUGGUGGGCAGCGUGAUCUGUGAGACCAAGGAGCUGUUUACUGCCAUGCCUCAGGUGGUGGCUGUGGAUGUUAACGACCUGGGGACCAUCAAACUCAACCUGGAGGUCACGUGGUACCCCUUCGAUGUCGAGGACCUGUCUUUGUCGUCUGGUAACUUGAGCAAAGCCACAGCACUCCAGAGACGAGUGUCGGUCUACAGCCAGGGCACGCCGGAGACCCCCACUUUCCAGGACGCCUCCUUCUUUUGGCGGCCAUAUCCCGUGGAGCGCCAGCGCCUCUCCUUCCUGCACAUGCUCCGAGACACCCUGCUAGAGAAGUUAAGGCUCAGUCGCUCGUUUGGUGACCUGGCCUCACUCCGGCCAAGGCCCAAAUCCAGUCUGGAGGUCUAUUCCACUUUACCAGAUGAUGUCUUUGAGAACGGGGGCUGCGGUGUGGCCGAGUGUAAGCGUCUCUCCUUCACCUUUUCGGACACCUCUGGUUCCAUGCCCAGCCCCGCACCGAGCUCCCACUCCACAAGCCAGUCCAACCCUGAGAUCACAGUCACCCCUCCAGAAAUGGACCCGUCACCUACACAAAUCCUCCCAACAAGGGAGGACUCCAUCGCUGAGGAGCAUUUAGUGGAAGAAGAGGAAGAGGAGUACGAAGAAGAUGGGGAGACGGGUAGUAGAGGAAGUAGGGGCACUAGUGCCAGCCUCGCCAGUGACGAAGCCGAGGUGGCAGAUGACUCUGAGUGGGAGCGCACGGAGUCCCAGCGAAAUUCUAGCUCCAACUGUGGUUCGGCUGCCGCGUCCCUCUGCUCUGACGUCCACCUGUCUACAGUGGCUCCAGAGGAUGUUUUCUUAGACCACACUGACGAAAUGAAGCCUGUGGAGCUGGACACAGAGGAAGCGGGCAGCCUGACCAGGCAGCUUGUGAAGAGGCUGACGUCUUCGGACAUUGUGCCGCCAGGUGAAAGCUCUGCAGAUGGAGGGGGAAGUCUGAGCUGGGCAGGAGAGGGGAGCAGGGCUUUCCUGGAGAGCAGCCUGGAGGAGGCCAUCCAAAGCCUGCUGAUGAGGCUGGAGUCUCUGAAUCACCGCUGCCGAGAGCUGCAGGACCUGGAGCAGGAAGUGAUGCGUCUGGAGGACUUACUCAAGUGCCGUCUCCCGGGUCACAGGAGCCGAUCAUCCAGCCUCAGUCUGACAGUAGAGAGUGCCCUGGAGAGUUUUGACUUCCUCAACACCUCUGACUUUGAUGACGAGGAUACCGGAGACGAUAAUGCCGUUCUCAGUACCCCCCCACAGAGAUCUCCGCUUUUCGAUACAGACGGAGAAAGGAUCGGUAGCCAGCACCCAGAAGCCAGAGGACACCUGAGUGAAGCCCUGACAGAGGACACCGGGGUGGGCAACAGCGUGGCAGGAAGCCCCCUGCCGCUCACCACUGGAAACGAGAACCUGGACGUUGCUAUCGUCAUCCACCUGCAGUACUGUAAUCACCUCAUACAGUUGUUGACCAGUGGGGUAGGUGUGUGGCAGCGUCGCAGUCUUCUCCUCAAACUGUCAGGACAGACUCAGCUGUUAGAAGAACUAGCAGAGCUCAGUGUUGACAAACUGGAAGCAAUUACAUCUUCUGCAGACGUUCUCCCGGGCCUCGCAGAUCGCCCACAGCUGAUGACUCUGUGGUCCGAGUGCAGCGGGUCGGCAGGACUUUUCCACACCACACUGGACAGAGUGUUCAAACACAUGAACCAGCGCUACACCGCAGUGCUGCAGGAGAGACACCCACACAGCGCUGACACAGAUUCCUUCCUCUUCUCUCCAGUGAUUGGUGUCGUAGUGAGCGAGAUGGUGGACAGGAGCUAUCUGGUGGCGGCACUGAGUCCUACUGCCGCUGAGCUCUCCCAGGACGUCCUGACAGUGUUUCAGUUCCACAGCUACAUCUUACAGCAUGAAGUGCUGGACAUGGAGACGCACCUCCUGUAUCUGGCCAGAGAAGAGAUGUUUGCAGAGGCUCUGUGCAGUCAGGAUUAUUCUCGGUGUCUAGCAGAGCUGGAGGAGGUGCCUAUGUCAUCCUUGUGGCCUAGAAACGGCACCCUGAGGGCCCUGGCCUCCCUGCUCACUGCAGAGGACCCUCAGGUCAACAAGGCAGCAGCCAACUACCUCUCUUCUGCGUCACACAGCUACUUCAGGAUCAGAGCAGUGGAGUGCUACACCCAGGCACUGUCAGAGGCUGGAGUUCAGAGCCAGAGGGCGGCCUGUUCAGCUCUCAGCUGUCUGCAGGCAGUAGAGAGCAUCAAGGCGGUGGUAGCGCUGUGUGAUUCAGCUGAUGAAGAGCUUCGCCAUGUUGCCAUAGAAACCCUGCUCACAUUUGGUGAGGAGGGGCGACUGGCGUACGAGCAGCUGGACACGGUGCCUGGAGAAAUCAUCCGCAUGGGCACACGGCGGGGGAACGCCGUCACCACUGCCUUUUGAGCCAUCGCCACCAAAAAGCAUCACAAAUGACAUCUCAACCCCACGCCCGAGGACAGCACUGCUCCUCCCUCAGCUACACCUCACAAGGCUGUUAAUGACGGAUCACUUUAUUGAUCUGCUUUUCUGCACAGACUUAUGGAUCUCUACGUCGCCACAUUAGAUCACUGUUCUUACCAACACUGCCUCCUCAUAGGAACUAACACCAAACAAACUGUAUCAACCACAGAAGACACACAACCUAUACCCCUCCUGUACGCACGCAUUUACACGCCUCGAUUCUCCAUCACCCUCACUUUCAGACACCCCUACGCUUCACCCCUUCCUUUCCCUGCUUUCUGAGCCAGGCAGACCGGAAACAUUGAGUUUAACUGGAGAGCACUUUUGUCUGGACAAAAAGCUGCUCCAAAGACUGUGGCAACUAGAAUUUGAGCAAUGCGUCUUCGCCUUUCACGUAACCUCAUUCAAGAAGCCACCGCACCAAACACUUACAUCAUUUACUCAUUGAUUAAUCAUCAUCUUGAUUGUUACGGAGUCAGUUGUGUCACACAAUAUACCAACUAUGAUCUUUGUAUAAUCACUGUCUAUCAUUAGAAAUGUUUUCUGGCGCUUUUGAAAGAUUUGCACUGUUGUAAGGCAUAAAUGUGGCAUAUUUUACACAGCCGGUGUGUAAUGUAUGCGCUUGUUUUCAGAAUAUAUUUUUAAGUUGUUUUCUAGUAUGUUCCAUUUUGAGUUUCAGGGAUUCUUGUACAGUUGAAAGAUGCGCGAUGUGUUGCAGGGAGGACCAAUAACAAUUUGAGAAUGUCUUUCUGAGAGGAUGUGAUGUUGUGGUUUAAAAGCUACUUUAACAGCAGUUUUACAGUCGGGAGCAGAUUUUGACCUCAGCUAUCGAUCAUUUGGAGGAAAAGGAAAACCUGAAGAGUAGAUCUGAAACAGGUCAGCACAGUGCCCACGUUUGACUCGCUCAGCAGUUUAUAUCAGAGUUUUCUCAUACUUGCAGUUGAACAAGUGCAAUUUUUCUGUAUAUACGUGACCCUUUUGCACCUAGAUGACAUUAGAGGACGAUUGGUAAAGUCAGCUUUGGUCAUUUGAGCCUCUAUGGUCAAAGAAGGCAGGUUUCCACCAAUACACUCUUGUUCUCUUGUUGAUAUAUUUUUUUCUAACAGGUACAGAGCAAGUCCAGGGCAAUAGAUUUGGUUUAGGAUUGUGCUCCAUUAACUUUACAGAAUGGAGAAUACUUAAGGCUGAGUAAAAGCCUCAUUUUGGCUAACUGCAAAUUAAUACAGUAUGUGAGCUAAUUCUUAUGAGAAGCUGCGGAAUGAGGUUUUUCUUUUUUGGGUCAGUUUUUAUUUCCCUCCAUCCUAACUGUAAUGUGGGAAAACUGACUCGACUAUUCCAACGUUUCUCACUGUAACUACUACUGAGUCUUGUGCCAGUGCACAACGACAAAACUCACAUUUGUUCAUAGAUCUUAUUUAUUAUUUCCUUGUAAUUCUAAUAUUAUUUGGAGUUAUACUGUAAUAGUUUACGUUAUGUAAAUGAAAUGUAUAUUUAUGUUCUAUUUUGGAUCAGGUCUCUACUCUUUGAAAUAUUGUUUAUCGUUUAAAAAGACGUCCAUUAUAUUAUAAUGCGAAUGAUCUCAUGCUUAAUUUUAAUUGGAGUUUAUUUUUGAAGGAAUUAUAUUAGAUUAUUUUGGGGAAGAUUACAAUAUCAUUAUACUGUUAGAAAUCUUAUUUCUUUUUCCUAUACGGUAUUGAACACAAUGGGACAUUAUAUAUCAGAAAUGUUACUUUAUUACUUAAAAGAUUUACUGCAACCAAAGGCCGAAUUCAUUUUUCAAUUUUACUAAGAGCUAAUAAUUCAUAAUGGAGAAUGUAUUUUCAAAACACCAUUUGCAUUUUGGCCAGAAUAAUGAGAAUUAUAUUUCAGCGCACACAAUAGGACAAACCCAUAAUAUAUGAAUCUUGUUAUUUGGUUCUAACUGCACAGUCCAAAAGCCAUAUUGAUUAAAAGCAAGUGGUAAUAUUUUUAUGAAAUUCAUAUUUUCUUUUGUAACAUCUGUAAAUGUGUGAAGUUCUUACUAAAAGCUGAAGAUGGUUCAGUUUUUUUUCUAAACCUUUUUUCAAAACAUGAUCCAUUUUAAGUAACGGUUACUUUUAUUCAUGAUGUGAAUAGCAUUACAGUAUUUUGGUAAAGUAUCUAAUUCAUCCACUCAUUUAGUGUUUGAAUUUUUUUCUUUUGAGUGAGCUUUUGUUUUAGAAACUUGCAGUUUACCAGUGUUAAGUCAAGUUCAUUUAUUGGCUGUUCGAUUCCUAAUCACAAAGUACAAGUUGUCAAAAUGUGCACAUCUCAUCUCUUAUGCAGAGAGUAGUUUUAAGAAUAACUUGGUACACUUUGUUGAAAUUGAUCAUCUUUGUGGUCAAUAGCUUCUGUACUGAUCCAUUUAGUUGCAUACUACACUUCAUUGUUUGGAAGUAUUUCCUCUGCUCAUCAAAAGAUGCAAUAAAGUUUAUUUUUGCAUAAUUAAAA